AUGGCUGAAUUGUUAGUUCCCGAGAUGCUUCAAUUUCUUGCAAAAGUAAACACGGUAUUUGGGGUUGAAGAAGAUUUAAGAGAGAUCUACAACAUGUAUGAAACUCUUGAACAAAUGGCGCAUGAAGCAGAGAAGAGGAAGCUGAAGAGGAAGCUGAAGGAUGAUGCCGUUCGCGUAUGGCUUGGUGACGUUGAAGACGUCGUAUAUGAGAUGAAGAACUUGUUGGAAAUCUGGAACACCAGCAUUGUCAAGAUGAACGAUUUUGAUAAACGAAAAUCAGAUAGAAGAGUACCAACAUGUUGCUGGGAGAAGGUGCGUUCUAUAUUCUCAUCUUCUGUUACAAAAGUUCCAGUGCUUGGUGAUCUUACAUUGAAAAUUAAAGAGACCCAUGAUAAAUUGGAGACCAUAUUGAGAGAUGCAAAUCGUUUUAAGUUUGAAAGUAGUAGUACCACUGAACACAGCAGUUCUAAUGAAUUUAGUAACCCCUCUGACCAGUCCAUCCUUAAUAGAUCAGAGGCGGAGUAUGACUGUUGUGAGGUAGAAGUUGAGGGUGAAUUAGUGGAGCAGGUUUCAGUGAAACCAGAAGCAUCAGAAGUAGAGGAGCUAGGAGAAGGUAUCAGAAUUGGACCGAUGGAGACAGGGCUGGGAUGCGAAGAAAAUAACGGAGAAGGAGAAGGCGGUGAAGGAGCAGACUGA